GUGCCGCUUUACAAUACGCGCAUGCGCACUAGUCACUUCGUCAUGGCUGACACUGGCUGGCCGGGCUGUGCUAAGAGUUUAAAAGGUGUCAUUUUGGACCUGUGUGGAGUUUUAUAUGACAGCGGGGAGGGUGACGGAGUUGCCAUUCCUGGCUCGAUCGAAGCUGUGAAAAAGCUCAAGGAAUCCGACCUGCAGCUGCGAUUCUGCACCAAUGAGACCCAGGCCACCAGAGAGAAGUUUGUAGCCAAGCUUCGAAGAUUGGGCUUUGACAUCUCUGUAUCUGAAGUCUUCCCUCCUGCGCCUGCAGCCAUAGCCGUUCUCAAAGAAAGAGGUUUACGUCCUCACUUGCUGGUGCAUGAUGGACUUCUCCCGGAGUUUGACGGUGUUGACAAAACCAACCCAAACUGUGUGAUUGUAGGAGAUGCAGCUGAAAAUUUUUCCUAUCAGAAUUUGAACGAGGCUUUCAGGGUCCUUAUAGGCCUGGAAAAGCCGGUGCUUUUCUCCCUGGGCCAGGGGCGAUACUACAAGGAGACGGAUGGUUUAAAAUUAGAUGUUGGCGUUUACAUGAAAGCUUUGGAGUAUGCCUGUGAUUUAAAGGCAGAAGUAAUUGGAAAACCUUCCCCAACAUUCUUCCAGAGUGUUCUCAAUGAUAUGGGCCUUCAACCACAUGAGGUGCUGAUGAUUGGAGACGAUCUUUUAAAUGAUGUAGGUGGGGCCCAACAUUGUGGAAUGAAAGGUGUACAGGUGCGGACUGGCAAGUACAGGCCCAUUGAUGAGAGGCACCCGACGGUGACGGCUGACGGCACUGUAGACAACCUGGCCCAGGCGGUGGACAUGAUCCUCAGUCAGAGGGGGCACUGAAUACCAGGCAGUGAACACUGAACUCUAGCUAAUUAGCAGUAGCAUUAAAAAGUAGCUUCUGAAAGUUUUCUUUGUUAUGGAAGUUAAAUUAACCAGCCCAUGGCCUCUAUAAACUCUUAACAGCCAACUGUAUUGUCACACAUGGGAAAGACUCCCAUCUGUUGCUCUGCAAAGUGUGACACAAACUGGAAUGAAGUUUGCAGAACAAUUAUCCCAUCUGCAAGCGAUAGUGUUGAGCAUGCUUGAGCUGCACUGUGUAUUUGUCAGUACAUGAUCGGCAUAGAUAAGAUACCUCAAGAUGACAUGAGUCUGCCGUAACCAGCUGCUGACUGACAGUUAAAAGGCGAGAGAAAUGCAGCGUUCAAGUUCCCACAGUCAGAUUCUCCGAAGAGCUACUGUACUCACAAUUUGCACUAAACAUUUGCUGCACUUUAACGCAGAGUAAUUGUUGUGUGUCAUGUGAUGAAAACAGAAAACGUGCACAACCCGUACAGAGCAGCAGGAAAUGGUUGUUAGCAAAGCUAUUUGAUUUUUUUCUUUGAUUGUUAUAAAUAAAGAUAAUUUUCGAGUCUGUGUGAAAAUGUGUGGAAUUUCCAUCAGUUUGGAAAUUUCAUUGUCAGAGAAAAGCUCAAGGUUUUAAAGCACUUGGGAAAAUUCAGCCUUGGCUCAGGUUUUAACUGGAAUUCAUAUCGGAGAGGCUUUUGUUUUACAAUAACAAAUCGCUGGAAAUGGGAAGUGAGCUGGUCUGAGAGAUGAUAAAUGCAACCACUGCUGAAUGCGAUAAAUUAUGCUGAUGCUUGGGCUCAUGUUUCUCUCAGUGUAAACAAAAAUGAAACUGACACUCCAUCAUCAGAUUGAAGAACCGCAGAUCUUCAGCUGCUUAUCUUUAUUUACUUGACUUUAAGCUGCCUUUUACUGGGGACAGUCCUGUCAUAGCUACUCUAUCAAAAGCCACUCAUUACACACGCUAUCUACACCGAGGAUAAAUAAAAUGACUGUGACCAAAAAAAAAAAAAGAUUGGUUAUUGGGCUUCAGUGUCACAGCUGGAUCGUUGAGAUCUUUGGAAAUGGAGCGUAAAACAAAUGAUUCUCAAUCGUUGCCCCCAAGGUUCCAGUGUACCAAAUAAAUUCGACAAGAAAAAAAAGCUCAUUUUCAAGUGAUAUAUUGAGGUCUCUCAACCAGUGCCUGCAAAAAAGGUGCUAAUGGUUUAUUUCACCAUUAGCAGACACAAGCUUGAAUAUGCCUGGGCAUUCAGAGGUAAUGAAAUGUUA